AUGGCAUCUUUCUUGAAGAACGCCUUUGGAGGUGCAAAGGCCCCCGAGCCUGCGAAUCCAGAUCCCGAUUUUGCAGACUUCGCUGAGGCUCCCAAUCCAGUUCCUGAGGCCGCUACCCAGGAUGCGACAACUGGGAGUGCUGCUGCUGCUGCUGCUGCUACGGCCGUUCCAUACACCAAGUGGUACAAUGUCCACGAGCGUCACUCCCUCUCCGAGUUCAGGCUUGAGGGCAUCAUUCUCCUCAUCUCGAGUUUCAUCUUCUUCCUUCAUAUGAUUGGCGCUCGUCGCAAUCGCUCCAGGGCCAAGGCUUGGAUUCGCGCUCACGCACCCGUUCUCCAGAAGGAGUAUGCUCUUGUUGGCUUUGGUGGUGUACCCACCUUGGAUAACGAAGAUGUCAACCCCGAUACACUCAUUAAGGAGAAGUCCCUCUUUGAAUUUGCAACGUACGCUACUGGUCGACAGAACACGGCUUUCACCGACUUCAAGCUCACUCUGACCAAGAAAUUCAACCCAAUUGUCAACGGUUUCGAGCAUGUCGCAAGCUUUUUCGUCGAGACUGUUGAUGCGCCUAAGGAUGCCGUUGAGGUUCUGACCUACCCCUUUGAUGGCAAGGAGAGUCUUACAGUCCCCUCUGCUCCUGGUGCUUCUGAAAUCCGUGCCAAGGAUGCUAAGAGCACCUUCGACGGUUUUGUUUGGGGCGUUGUGCACAAAGACGUCAUGCGUCGCGUCCGCGACGACCGAUAUGAUGUGUCUCUCACCUUCACCAAAGAUAACCCUAAGCUUCCCGCUUGGCUCACUGUCAUGAGCGAGAGCGCCGAGAUCACUGAUACGCUCCUGACUCCUGAGCUCAUUGCCGCUGUUCAGGCCGCUGGCGACCUGUUCGAGUACAUAAUUAUCUCCGAUCAGCCUGUUGAUAAGCCUGCUACCCUUGAGGAGACGACUCCCCGCAAACGACUCUUCCUGAAGUACGCCCUCCCUUCCAAUGGCAAUUACGAUAAUCUUCUCCCUCUCUUCUCGCACUUUAUCCAGCUUCCCGAUGUUCUUGUCAAGGUUGCCCAUUUCCGUCCUGAGGUUUCCAAGAAGAUCCGCAGCACCCGCGAGCAUGCCAUCAGUGAGCUUAAGAAGACCGCUGAGAGCCAACGUCAAGAGGAACUUCUUCUUGAGAAGGAAAAGGCCCGCAAGGCUAAGCGCGAUGCCGAGCUCAAGGGUCUUGAUGCCAAGGCACAAAAGCGAUACCUCGAGAAGGAGAGAGAGAAGGAGAUGCGCAGGUCUCAGAAGCGACAGACACAGCGUGCCUAG